CAGCACAGUUUGAGUCUCCAGAUAAUCUGCGCUUAAUUCUGGGAGGAGUCAUACAAACCUGGCAACCCGGACAGUCGCUUUGUUAACACUUCACUGAGCCAAGAUGGCAGACUUCGAGGAGAUCAGCGAUGAAGAAAAGGUCCGGGUUGCAGCUAACUUUGUGCUGCAUGCUCCUCCAGGAGAGUUCAAUGAAGUCUUUAAUGAUGUGCGAAUACUGCUCAACAAUGAUGAACUCCUCAGGGAGGGAGCUGCUCAUGCCUUUGCUCAGUACAACAUGGAUCAGUUCACCCUUGCCAAAAUUGAAGGAUAUGAUGAUCAGGUCCUCAUUACGGAGCAUGGAGACCUGGGUAACGGCCGCUUCUUUGACCCACACAACAAGCUGUCCUUCAAGUUUGACCACCUCAGAAAGGAAGGGAGUGACCCGCAGCCCCAUGAAAGCGAGUCGGCCCUGCGGUCAUGGAGAGAUGCCUGUGAUACUGCACUGAGGGCCUACGUCAAGGAUCACUAUCCGGGGGGAGUUUGCACCGUUUAUGGGAAAACAAUUGACGGGCAGCAGACUAUUAUCGCUUGCAUCGAGGGUCAUCAGUUUGAGCCUAAAAACUUCUGGAAUGGACGCUGCCGGUCUGAGUGGAAAUUCAGUGUCUCACAGUCCACAGCUCAGGUGGUUGGAGUCAUGAAGAUACAGGUACAUUAUUAUGAGGACGGGAAUGUGCAGCUGGUCAGCCAUAAAGAUGUGCAGGAAGCGCUUACUGUGUCUAAUGAGUCCCAGACUGCAAAGGAGUUUGUGAAAAUUAUCGAGGAUGCAGAGAACGAUUACCAGGUGGCGAUCAGUGAGAACUAUCAGACCAUGUCCGACACCACUUUCAAAGCCUUACGCAGACAGCUCCCGGUCACCCGCACCAAGAUUGACUGGAACAAGAUCCUCAGCUACAAGAUUGGCAAAGAGAUGCAGGGCUCUUAGAGGACAGUCACUGUUGGCUUUUGCAACAUAAACAAAAAGGAGAGAUGCUGAUGCUCGUGCAAACGUGUGAUGCAACAUAAAGUACAAAAAAGAGACAUUUUGGUUUUGUUCCAGGGAGUGAGAGUUUGUGUCAUUUAUUAGGCUGGAAUGCGUUCAGUUUGAAAUGACAUUGGGUGGUGUAAUGUUCGUUGAUUUGCAAACAUUUAUUAUUUUCUAACAAAUAAUGCCUUUUGUGAUUCUGUGGAAGUCUGGGUUGUUACCUGCUAUUCACAUAUUAUACAAAGUUUCUGAACCCUCAGUGCUUCUAAUGAACGCAAGUUCUACAAACCUUGACUUUCUUGUAGCAACUAACUUACCCUCUCUAUAUAACAUCACUGAUAUUUUUUAAGAGCUUCCAUUACCUCUACAAGUUUAAUUAACAGAGGGCAAAUAGUGAAUGCAAUUUGAUAUGUUUACUGACUGGAGAGAGACUUUACUGCACCAAAUUUAACAAUUUUUACUUUAGUCUUAAGAUUUAUGCACCCCUCUGUACGCUGGGUUUUCGCCAGCGGACAUGCCAAAGCAUAAAUAUUUCUUUUCCUACUCACUGAACAUAAAUAGUCUUCCCUCAUAAGAUAUAGUUCCCCUGCCUCUGUCGAGAGACAUUUUCUGUGGUAACCCCUCCACAAUCUGUCUGCUCCUGGACUGAUAAGUAUCAAUGUCGUCCUGACAGCUGUUUGCCUUUAGCUUUUGCUAUAUUUUUUAUACAAACUGUAAGUACAUUUAUUAUUCCUGAAAUAAAAAUAUGAUCUUAAGCAA